CACCUAUGGAAAAAGACAGUAGAUCAGUAAUGAUCAAUGCUCUGCCAAAGGGAGUCCGAGCGAUCAAAAGGGCCGUGGUCAGGCAAGGCCCGAGCGCAGACGAGCCAACCAGAGCACGGUCCGAGUCGCUUAGUGGGUCGUCCAGCAACCGCGUCAACGGACGCGACGCGACCAUGGGUGAGGAUGGUGAAGCGCGUGCAUCUAAUUCCCCACCAAGAGCCAGGCACGCGGCCAGAAAGAGCGACACGGAUGCGCAGAUGGGACACAGCGCCAACCAGCGCCCAGGGCCGGCGCCUCCUUAUAAGAUUAACAAGACUAUGAACAACCUGUCUUGGUCCCUCAUAAUCGGCAUGGCCCUUCGUGAGCACCCCAACAAAACAGCAAGUGUCUGCGAGCUCUAUCAAUGGAUAGCCGACCACAUUGAGGAAAGUGACAUCGAUUUCACAAAAUUGAAAUCCAACACUGCUGCCUACCUUACCCAAGGCCCAGCUUUCAUCAAAGGCCCCCGAGUGGGUGACCACCCUUCCGCUCAUUACUGGAUCCUUGAUAGAAAGUUCACCAGCAACUUUCCCAACUACAGGGAGGUGGUCCAGCGGGCUCGGUUAAUACAAGACCUUCACCAACGAAAUGGACCAAAUACAAACCGUGCACCUCCCGCCAACAAUAGAGAUCGAGCAUCAGCCAAGGCUAGGAAUGCUUCUACAAAUGCCCAACCUCCUCCCACCAACGAUAGAGAUCGAGCAUCAGCCAGGGCCAGGAAUCUUUCCACAAAUGUCCAACCACUGAAACCUUCGGUCCGACAGGCGCUGGAAUUUAUCACGCGUCACCGCGUUACUUACGAUGAUCACGGUCGAGACAUAGUCCCUGGAUCAAAAAAUACAACAGGAAACUCUUGGCACGAACUCCCCAGGCGUAAUACCGUUACUAUCAAAGGAGUACCAUUCCACGUGGGAGAUUAUGUCAAGCUUCCUCUUCCGGCGAAGCCUUUCCAUUCCUCUUUUGAGCAUGUUCCGCACGUGGAGGCCAUCGGACAAAUAGAGGACUUGCGGGUGCGCGACGAAGGAGCCGGGUGUGCUGUCCUAGUGCAGUGGUAUAUGAAUAAGGAAGCUGCAGACAGAUUCGAAUGCCGCCACCGACAGAACUGGCCAAAGUCAAAUGAUGGCAAUGAGGCCGAAUUCGUUCGAUGUGCGCUCUGGGAUAUCAUAACUUCCGAUUCUCUCCAAGAAAAGCUUGACCCGUCCACAGCGAAAAAAGCCAUUUUUGAGACACACUUCAUGGAGAUUGACACGGACCAAGGAAAAGUGUUUUUGAAGGAGAAGGGAGACGAAUGGCCAUGGUACGGAGUGGCAUUCGAGGACGAUAUUGAUAAGACUGUCCGGCUGCAAGGCCAGAACAAAAUCAGUGUCCAUGGAAGGUUCACCGGCUACAACGGCCUAAGAAAAACUCUUGACAAUCCCACUUGGGACGCAUGGCUGCAUAUGGCCUUCCCGGAAGACUAUCCAUCAAACCAGACAAAUGGGUUGUCUCCUAGAGAAGAGACAUCUAAAGAGGAUUCCAGGAUGGUUGAAGAUUCAACUGCUGAGGCAAGUGAAAACGCCAGUUCCAGGUCAAGUGAAGGCUCCACAGCCAGGACAAGUGAAGACGCCACUGCCUGGGCAAAAGACGGCGCCAAGGGCACGGAGGAAGCUGCUUCCUCAAAAGAUAUGGAGGUGACUAUGACGGAGGCCGAACAGGAUGAUGAGAUGCCGGACGCGCAGUCAGAAGAAAACCAAUCGGCAGCGACGCCCGCGAAUGUAACCUUGGCCGAUCAACUUUUCACACCUUCGCCACAGCAUCCUCCUGCUUGGCCAGAGUCACCGGGGCAAAUGUCCGACCUGGAUAUUGAGAUGACCCCUGCACCCACAGCUGAGCUUGCUCGCGGUAAAGCUUUACAAGAAGUUAUGGAGAGAGCUGUCGAGAAGACUAGGAGUGAAAUGGCUGCUGAGCAAACUGCUGCUGUGAAUGGUACACAAGAGCUUGAGCGAGGACCUGAGCAAUCACACAGGUCAGCACCUGAUCGUGUUCACACGAAAACUUUUAACGAGCUCCUGCAGCAAGCUGAGACGUAUGCGCUAACUGCUGAUGUGGAUUGUAGCCAAGAGCUCGAGCAACCAUCCGAACAAGUACACAGGUCAGCACCUGAACCGGUGCAGGAAUCAGCACGUGGAAAGGCACAUGAAAAUCCAGCACUGGGAAAGGCCCCCGAUAAAACAGUUGGAAAGGCACCUGAACCAGCAACAAAGCCAGCACCUCAACCUGAUCGCGUCCCAAGCAUUACAGGCCCAAGCAUUGCAGGUCCAAGCAUUGCAAGUUCAAGCAUUGCAGGUCCAAGCAUUGCAGGUCCAAGUACUGCGAGCCCAAGUAUUGCAGGCCCAAGCAAAACAACCACCAAUCCCGCGCCAGCAAAUACCAGACCCACUCAACCCGCUCUAUCGGAGGGAAAAGUAGAUAUCCUCGCAGCCCUCAAGGCCGAGUUUGACAAGCAACCGUUUAACGUCAAAAACCUCCUCGCCACACACCCGGAGAUGCGGUCCAAAGUUGCCCUUUUCGACAAAGAAGCCAAAAUAAAAGAAAUCGAGAAGCGACCGAAACGCAAAGAUUGCCUCACAAACUCGUUCGCGCGCGCACGACGCGAGCGACCCAGAGGCAAACCUCACAACGAGCUGGAGCGGCCACUGCCUUCGACGUACAAGCCGCCUGCGAGCUAUGAGGGCGAGGGGUCGCGCCCGCGCGACGCGACCUUCUCGUUUGAUGAGAGGUACUGGGGCCGCGACUCGGAGAUGUCGAAUGCCUUCUCUUCACAAGAAGCCGAGAAAUUCGAGACGCUAGAGGAACUGCUGGAUUUGCCGAAAGAACGCAUACCGAUCUUGUAUGAGAAUCGCCAUCUGGCCUAUCGGGAUGGGACGCUGACAAAUGGCCGAUUGUCCCGUGCCAAGGAGAUCUGGAAGGUUGGCCGUAACGUGCCGGGCGAGCUGAAGUAGAUAGCAGCAGCAGCGACGGCCUGGUUCUGCGUUUUUGGUGUCGUCCGCAUUAGUGCGGCGGCGGGUUUUCCCCUUGCUGCUUUACUCGUCGAGUGUUCUUAAGCGCGUUAUUGAGCAAGCAAGCGAGCGAGCAUAUCGGGACGAGCGGAUGCGAUCAGCUCGGCUCGUCCAUUGGGCAUUUCCGGGGCGUUGUCGUUGUUUUCUCAUGACGGAACGAGCGAGCGAGGCCGGAACAGCAUGCAUGGUAAAUACAGGUUGGACAGGACGGACAGGACAGCCCAUUCCGUUUCAAGGCGGGCCUUGUGGGAUGGGCUAAGUGAACAUGCGGAAGUUUGGGGGGAUUCGGACUUGUGGCUAGGGUAGAGGAUGGACGUAUCGUGGAUGGUGGAUGGGCCUUGCAGAGUAGCUUUAUGCAUACAUAUAUUUUACACGUGGAUAGCGAGGGAAUGGAGAUAUUGUUUGCUGGUGGAUGCUGCU